UGGUCGAGGCGGAACACGUGAACCCUUGCAGGUUAUGUUGAAGUUUAUAUUUUCCAUGAAAAGUUGCCGAGUUCAUGGAUAUUAGUUGUAAAUAUUUUGAAGAGCAUACAAGGAAAUGGCGAAGUUUUGUUUAAAGAAGGGGAGUAAAAGGGUUGAGGCUCGUAAGAGGUACAAGAUUGAGAAGAAAGUGCGGGAGCAUAACAGGAAGAAGCGGAAGGAAGCGAAAAACUCGAAGAAGAAGCCAAAAAUGAUGAAGAUUCCCAAUCAGUGCCCCUUCAAAGAAGAAAUCCUUCAGGAAGUCGAAGUCCUGAAGAAGCAAAAUGCGUUGGAAAAGGAAAAACGUCGCGAUGCAGCCCAAGAAGCCAAGAAGGCCAAGCUCACCCACACAAAUCUCCACACUUUAGUGUCUUCCGCAGAAGCUAAGGCCCAAGCCCACAAUCCCGAAACCCAUUGCACCUCUUCCACCUCUCCAACCCCCCAUGUCCUCCGAGAAGAAAAUUCUCUGAAAGCCUAUUACAAGGAAUUCAAAAAGGUUCUGGACUCUGCAGAUGUCAUUCUGGAAGUCGUCGACGCUCGAGAUCCCCUUGGAACUCGGUGCAAACAGGUGGAAGAGGAAGUUCUAUCAAAGGCCAACAAGAAGCUUGUGAUAGUCCUCAACAAAGCUGAUUUGGUUCCGAGAGAGAAUUUAGAUGGAUGGUUGAAGUAUUUACGAGGGAGUUUACCUGCAGUUGCGUUCAAAGCCUCUACACAAGAGCAAUCGAAGAAGAUAGGACGAAGAAAAUUAGGGUUUAAACGAGAGGAUAUGAUUCAGAAUAGUACUUGCUUUGGUGCUGAGCUAUUAUUAUCUCUGCUUGGAAAUUACUGCAGAAAUGCUGGGGGAGUUAAACAGAGUAUCAGAGUGGGUAUCGUAGGCCUUCCUAACGUUGGCAAGUCCAGCAUCAUAAAUUCCUUGAAGAGGAGCAAGGCUUGUAAUGUUGGAAGUACUCCCGGAAUCACAAAAACAAUGCAAACUGUUCAGUUAGAUUCGAAAAUUAAGUUGUUGGACUCUCCUGGGAUUGUUUUUGCUGAUGGAGGGGACGGAGAUGAUUUUUCUGUUGCUUUGAAGAACGCUGUGAAGAUUCAGGCUCUAAAGGAUCCGUUCACUCCAGCCACUGCAAUUCUGAAAAGAAUCUCGAAGAAGCAGAUUAUGGAACUGUAUGACAUGCAUGAUUUCGAGACUCCUGAAGAGUUUUUUGCAAAAAAGGCUGAGAGAAUGGGAAUGUUCAAAAAGGGGGGAGUGGCUGAUGUCACCGCGGCAGCGAGGAGUGUACUGAAUGACUGGAAUUCUGGAAAGAUUAGGUAUUACACAGUUCCUCCAGAGUUACCAUCUGGGCAAGUAUCAGCUUCAAUUAUAACGAAAGACUGCGAAGAGUUCGAUAUCGAAAAAUUUGCAUCAGAAGAAAAGAUGAUGCUGGAUAAUGUAACUGAGGACGCUUCUACAAGGAUUCCAGUUAUUGAUCCCCUGAUUAUUGAUAGUACAGGUCCAGUAGAUUCAGCAAUGGAGAUUGAAGUAAAAAAGAAAGAAUUCAAGCUCCAAAAACUGAAUGAAAGACGAAAUACACAAUUAGCAAACGAAGCAAAAAAAGAUUACAGUUCGAGGAAGAAGAAGGUGGAGCCAGUAUUUGAGAUCGAGGGGAAUCAAAAACUGAAUAAACUCAAUAAACUUCAUUUCAAAAAACAGAAAAAGGAGAAGGUCAAGAGGGAGAAGGCGGCAGGAAAAUUGGCAGAUCAGUUUGGAGCUGUCGAUUUGGCUACUGGAGAUGAAUAUAAUUUCGAAACUGAUUUCAAUAUGUGAGCAAGAUCGAGACAGAUUUAUUGUAAAGCAAUGAUAAAUAAAGUUCACAAAGUGUUUCAAAA